AACAACAACAACGACAGCACUUUGAAAUGUCCUCUGUGUCCAGAGUCCUUCGCAACUUUUCUUAACCUCGAGGACCACUGCUACGUGGAGCAUCGUAAAUAUCUCUGUAACAUCUGCCCUAUGACUUUCAGCCAGAAGGUCACGAAGGAUCGACAUAUUUACCAGCAGCAUGCGGGCAACAAACCGUUUCCGUGUCAGGACUGUGAUUCGAGUUUCACGAGGCGAGAUGCCCUGAGGAAGCACCAACACUGUAGACUGGUCCACAGAAGAACGCCCUGCCUCCACUGCGGAAAAACUUUUUCGCAGAAAGGCAACAUGGAGCGCCACCGCCGACAGCACACUGGGGAACGCCCUUUCUCCUGCACCAUCUGCUCCUGCUCCUACACCAGGCGGGAGACCCUCAAGUCCCAC